AUGACGAAGAAAAUAGUACAGUCAGUAGUCAAAACACGGAGAACACGAAAGAGAUCAUCUACAAUUUUAUGGAACAAGAGCUACAAAUCCAAAAACGCUCGGAACAGAAUUGAAUUCCAACGCGUUCACCGGGUAGGGAAGAGAGAGGUAAGAAAUCGUGCCUCAUCAUCGCAAAGUUCCUAGUUACUGCGACUGCGAAGAAAUCCUAUUUAGGUGAGGAAGUUGUUAAAAGACAAGACUUACAGUGUCUUCGAAGACAUGCCAAAAGAAGUUUAUGAAUUAAGAAAAGCACAAUUCAAAAAACUGCAGAAUGCGAAAGAGAGAGGUGACACAGCGUACUUUAGUAAAAAAAAUAUCCAGAUAAGCUUUUCAUAAACGGUAAAUAUAUCCCGUUAAAAUAACUUUCACUUUCCCUAAUAUGCUAAUAUGCUAAAUUACGAUAAAUUAUCGUAACUUCUUUUUCUCUCUUUUUCUCUCACCACCUAUUUAAUUAUGUAAUUAGCAUAAACACAUCCGUUAACUGGUAAAUAAGAAAGCAAAGCUAAAGCCAAAACAGUUGUAUUCAGUACUAAGAUAAAUGGCGGUUGCCCUAAUAGAUAAUUGAUCCAAAACGGGAAAAGAGUCGGCAGUCUUUAAUCACACAUUCCUGGGGGAGGAUUAUGUCUUUGCAUCUGUAUUUGGUAAUUAUAUAUGUUGGCUUAUGUUUGUCUCGUCUUUAUUUGCUUAUUUUGUCUUUUGUGUCAAUGCCUAUUUGUAGUUAAUAUACCAUAAUAUGCUUUAUACGUAAGAGUUCACGUCCUUUCUUAAUUAAUAGCGUCAGAAGUAUACAACGUUGGGUUGUCCGUGGUUCCUUCUGCACUCCAAGCACCACACAUUUAAGGUUAAAACUUCGCUUUAACCGUUAAUUUGAUGAGUUUCUUUAAACAUAAGGGGCAUUAGCAACUUUACCAAACGACGUACAAUUUAUACAUGGUGCCGUAAACAGAAGGCUGAUGUUGUAUUUUUGCAAGAAACGCAUUCAAAGAAGGAGACAGAGGUGCAGUGGAAAAAUGAAUGGGGUGGCGAAAUACUUUUCUGAUAUGGAAGCCCUAAUUCAUGUGGUACAGCAAUAUUGAUCAGAAACAAUACCAAUUAUUCAGUUCUAUCGACAACUCGUUUUUGGGUCGUUUUAUUAUACUAAAAAUCCAAAUCGAUGACAAAGUAUAUGUUCUAGUAAAUAUCUAUGCACCGAACAAAGAUAAGGAUCUAAUUCAGUUUUUUAUAGAAAAUUCACGAUAUUAAUUUGAGGAGGACUCGGAAAAAAAAUCCGAGUCCCAGAUGGGAUUUGAACCCACGACCCUCCGUGAUCUAGUCGGAUGCUCUAACCACUUGAGCUACAAAUUGGCCAGAGUCUCCAGUAGCUCAAGUGGUUAGAGCAUCCGACUAGAUCACGGAGGGUCGUGGGUUCAAAUCCCAUCUGGGACUCGGAUUUUUUUUUCCGAGUCCUCCUCAAAUUAAUAUCGUGUUGUUGUUGUUUCAUCUUUAUAGAAGAUUACAUAGAAAAACAUUAUAUUAGGGGGUGAUUUCAAUUGUCCUUAAAAUCCUAGGUCUUGAUAAACACGGUGGUGUCAUAUGAUUCCAAGAAGAGCAGCAAUUAAUAGCCUUGAAACUUUACAAAGCGAACUGGACUUAGUUGAUAUUUGGAGAAUCAAGAACCCUCAAACAAGAAGUUGCACGAGGAGUCAAAAAUCCCCAACAGUUCUCUGUCGUCUAGAUUUUUGGCUUUUCUCUAACAAUCUCUGUGAUUUUAUAAACGCUACUGAAAUACAGCCUGCAAUACGCACAGAUCAUGCAGCAAUAACCUUAGUUCUAGGAGACACUGGAGAAAUAAAAGGUCCUGGUAUAUGGAAGAUGAAUGUUUCGCUCUUAGAGGAUGAAAACUACUUAGAACAGUUAAACAAGAGGGUGAAAUUGAUCUGUCUAACAAACAAUGCGUUUGGAACUGGAUCAAAUACAAUUAGAUUGCACGCUAUUAGCUACUCCAAAGAAAAAGCCAAACUUAAAUAA